UUAAGAGAAAUCCACUAAGCAGAGACUCAACCAGAGAGACAGCAACUGUCUCCACCAUGAAGAUAGCUGGUGUCAUUGUGCUUCUUAUUCUGGCAGUUUUCUGCUGCUCUGAUGUUGCCAGUCACUAUGGCAAGACAAAAUGUGAUUAUGACCCAAAGAAUGAUCCUAUCCCGUGCCCCACAGUCCGGGAACGUGUCUGUGCCACUGAUGGCAGAACUUAUAGAAACUACUGUUACUUUGGCAGAGCCAUGAGGGCAGCAUGUGGAAAACUUGGCUUAAAACACCCUGGACCAUGCCAUGAGAAAAAGAAGGCAUAAAAGUGGAUUUCUUGUUUUGAGUUUCCACAAGAAAGUCCCUAUGUAGAAACACAUUCUCUAUUUGUUCUUCUAUAUAGCGGUUGCAGUUUGCAUCACUAUCUCUGUUUCUUUGUUCGGUAAAGUAAAUUCUGUAAAGUUCUUUAUUUUUCUUUUUUCUUUAAAGGGGGAUUUGUGGCCUCUCAUGACACCCUUCCUGUUUGCUUCGAAGCAGCAUUAGGUUGAGGCUAGAUUCCCACUAUAAGCUUGAUUUUUAUUGUCCCUUCUCAA